AGGGAGCAGCCUUCGCCUUUCAUCCCUCCGUUCCCUUCCCUCGCCGGGCGCCAGGAGUUCCCCCCGCACCUCCACAAAUCCCGGCGAUGCCGCUCAAGAAACCCGACCCCAAGAAGGAAUCGGCCAAAGCGGGCUCGGAGCCAUCCCGGGAGCCCGCCUUCGAUCCCAAGAGCGUGAAGAUUGAAUUCACAGCAGAGCAGAUCGAAGAGUUCAGAGAAGCCUUCGGGCUGUUUGACCGGACGGCGGCGGGGACGAUGCAGAUCAGCUACGGGCAGUGCGGGGACGUGCUGAGGGCGCUCGGCCACAACCCCACCAACGCCGAGGUCCUGAAGGUGCUGGGCAAGCCCAAACCAGAAGAAAUGAACACCAAGACGCUGGACUUCGAGACCUUCCUGCCCAUCCUGCAGCACUUCACCCGCAACAAGGAGCAGGGCACCUUCGAGGACUUCGUGGAGGGGCUGAGGGUGUUCGACAAGGAGGGCAACGGGAUGGUGAUGGGGGCAGAGCUGCGCCACGUGCUGGUCACGCUGGGGGAGAAGAUGACGGAGAGCGAGGUGGAACAGCUGAUGGCAGGGCAGGAAGAUGCCAAUGGCUGCAUCAACUAUGAAGCUUUUGUCAAGCACAUCAUGUCUGGCUGAAAGG